AUGACCGGCGAAUCGUGGUUAUAUCUUCUCGCGGUUCUGCUAAAUGCAGUUAACCUCUUCCUACAAGUCUUUUUCACCAUUAUGUACUCUGACCUAGAAUGCGAUUACAUCAACCCCAUCGACCUCUGCAACCGUCUUAACUCCUACAUCAUCCCAGAAGCCGCCGUUCACGGGUUCCUCACCGCUCUAUUCCUUGUCAACGGCUACUGGCUCGCUUUGGUCCUCAAUCUACCGCUCCUAGCCUUUAACGCGAAGAAGAUCCUCGACAAUGUCCACCUUCUCGACGCAACAGAAAUCUUCAGGACAUUAAAUAAGCACAAAAAGGAAUCCUUCAUCAAACUCGGCUUCCACCUCGUCAUGUUCUUCUUCUACCUCUACAGCAUGAUUGUAGCCCUCAUCCGCGACGAGUCGUGA